AUGCAGCAGCUGCAACCGAAGCAGAUGCACUGGGUGAGGGCCGACUCCUCCGACUUCGGGGGCGACCGCCCCGCCCCCCGCAGCGGGCACACUGCGGUGAGCAUUGGCAAGUCCAAGGUGGUCGUCUUCGGCGGAUUCGCCGACAAGCGCUUCCUCGCUGACGUAUCCGUCUACGACGUCGAGAAUAAGCUGUGGUACACACCUGAGUGCACUGGUAAUGGGUCGGAUGGGCAGGCCGGCCCAAGCCCAAGGGCUUUUCACAUAGCUGUUGUCAUUGGCUGCAACAUGUUCAUCUUUGGUGGCCGUUCUGGGGGCAAGCGCUUAGGUGAUUUCUGGAUGCUAGACACCAACUUAUGGCAAUGGUCGGAGAUGAUUGGCUUUGGUGAUUUGCCGUCACCACGAGAGUUUGCUGCUGCUUCAGCCAUAGGAAACAGAAAGAUUGUUAUGUAUGGUGGAUGGGAUGGCAAAAGGUGGCUUUCAGAUGUAUACAUCAUGGACACAAUGUCACUGGAGUGGACAGAAUUAGCUGUUACUGUAUCUGUGCCUCCUCCAAGAUGUGGGCAUUCCGCAACCAUGAUUGAGAAGAGACUGCUUAUAUUUGGAGGCAGAGGUGGAGCAGGGCCAAUAAUGGGUGAUUUAUGGGCUUUAAAGGGUAUUACUGAAGAAGACAAUGAGACACCAGGUUGGACACAGUUGAAACUUCCAGGGCAAUCUCCCUCACCACGAUGCGGUCAUUCAGUAACAUCUGGUGGACCUUAUCUCUUGCUGUUUGGAGGACAUGGAACUGGCGGUUGGCUAAGUAGAUAUGAUGUGUACUACAAUGAAUGCAUUAUUUUAGACAGGGUGUCUGUUCAAUGGAAGCGCCUACCAACAAGCAAUGAACCACCUCCUCCUCGGGCAUAUCAUUCCAUGACUUCCAUAGGGUCUCGAUUUCUUUUAUUUGGUGGCUUUGAUGGAAAGAAUACGUUUGGUGAUUUGUGGUGGCUUGUUCCUGAAGAUGAUCCUAUUGCGAAACGAGACUUAGCUCCUAACAUCGAUUCAAACAGCAAACCUAGUGCUGUGAUUGGUGAUAACCAGCAAUCCAACUUAAAGGAGUCACAGGCUCUGGAGAAUCCAAUAACAGAAUUGGCCAAACGACUGGGGAUUCCACUUUCUGAGGAAGUUUCAGCAAGUUUUGUUGACGAAGCCAAUGAUAAAGAACUUGUGGAAUUGUCAUCUAGGCUUGCUGGUCAAUCGCUUCCAGCUAGUGACCAGGUUGCAUCAAUUCAGGUACUUCGUGAUCACUGGAAAAGUUCUCCAGCAAGCUCACUACAAUUGCAGAAACUAGGACCUUUGCUGAGGGACUAUCAACGUCUCAUCCUGCGACGCUAUUUGUAUAGUUUCACUCUUCAGUCUUCCCUCUGCAUCUGUUAUUUGCAUACUUAA